CUCACAAAUUAUUCUCCAUCUCUCUCUCUCUCUCAAAAAACACACACAUGUCCAUGUACAUUACAUACAUACACGUACGCACUUUCUAUUUUUCUCUCUUCACUGUCUCUCUACAUGAAAUUCCAAGAUACCUCUGAAAAAAUAUGGUAUGGAGAAUCGUAAAAGCAUAAUCUCAAUACCCUUGUUUUCAUUCUUCAGUUCUGAACUCGGAUUUUCUCGGGAAAAUUGAAGAGUGAUUUGGGAAAAGCUUUUUUCCAAAUAUGGAAACAGAGGCGACGCAAACCCUAGCUGAGAUUGAUGGUUCUCUCUCAUCCAAACGAGCUCAGUCUCAAACUCUAAUUCCUAUCCCCACUGACGAUCGAGGGUUCGAACCCCCAGACUUGGCUCUUCAAGCUCAAGAAAAUGGAGCUGGGGUUGUGGGUGGUGAUGGUGGGGUUCUAGGAGAUGUUAAAGUGAUCGGGGGUUCGUCUUCUUCGGAAGAUGAAAGAGGAGAUGAGAAGGAACGUGGUGGUAGGAGUGAGGGUGAUUCGAUUGUGUUGAUUGGAGAUGAUGGUGCUGAUGGGAAGGUGGAAUUGGACCAGAAUGGUAUUUCGAUUCUUGUCCAAGUUCACAGCUCAUUAGACACUGUGAAUGCCAGUGGGAAUGAGAAUGACAAAGGUUCUGUGGCUGAAAAUGGGGGCGACCCAGGUGCGAAAUUGAUGAAAAUACCUGGUUCUGUGUCUAAGAUGAACCAAAAGGAGUCUACGGAGGGAAGCGGAGAACAUGAAUCGAAUCCUAAUGGAGAAGAGAAUGACGAGGGUGAGGAUGGAGAAGAUUUGGUUGAGAAUGAUGGAGAAAAGGAUGAGGUGGGAAGAGAAGAUGCGGUUGAGAAUGAUGAAGAAGAAGAUGAGGGUGAUGAUGGAGAAGAGGAUGAGGGUGAUCGAGAACAUGAGUAUUUAGUGGGCGACCUUGUGUGGGGAAAAAUUAGAAGUCACCCUUGGUGGCCUGGACAAGUGUAUGAUGCUUCAGAUGCAUCCAAGUAUGCAAGAAAAUAUAAUCAGAGGGAACGACUGCUCAUUGCAUACUUUGGGGAUGGCUCUUUCUCUUGGUGCUCCCCAUCUCAAUUGAAACCUUUUGCAAAGGAUUUCAAAGAAAUGUCGAAGCAAAGUAAUGCUAGGAAUUUUGUGAAUGCUGUGCAGAGGGCUCUAGAUGAGAUUGGUCGUCUUGUGGAGUUGAAGAUGACUUGCGCUUGCAUACCCGAGGAAAAUCGGAUUGGGCUUGCUAGACCAUCGGCACUGAAUGGUGGAAUCAAGAAAGGAGUGCUUGUGCCCGAGUGCGAUCCAAGUAGACUCUCAAUUCCUCAGCAUGAACCAGCAGAAUUACUUUUGAAUUUGAGGUAUAUUUCAGAGGUAGUUUCUAUUGUCAAUAUGAUUGAGCUCACAGCGUUGAGGAGUUGGCUGUCGGCAUUCUAUCAAGCAAAAGAUGGGCACAAACUGGCUAUGUAUCAUGAACCCGUGUAUAUUGAAGGCCUGGAGGACAAGAAUAGGAUUGGGGUUACUGAUAUGAAUGAUUUUAGUGGAUCAGUGGAAGCUCCGGUUCUAGGUCCAUCUGAAGAAGACUGGCUUUCUUCACUAGUAUACGCUGGAUUCGGCCAAACCAAUAAAUCAUUGUUGCAAAAGUGCCCUGGGAUAUCAGAGGACAAGCUCUACCACAGAAGGAAGAAGAAAAGCGUGGCUGAACUUAUGAAAGAAGAUGUGGUUGUUGAGCCCAAGAGGAAGAAAGAGGGCGUGGUUAAGAAUGUAACAAGCCCUGGCAAACUGGUGUCAACUUCUGGAAAGAAAAAAGUGAAGACCAGUGAUGAUGCUCCAAAUCAAGGUGGUAGUGAUUUCACUUCUCCCUCUGAGAGGAAGAGGGGGAAGAGGAAGAGUGCUGAGACUUUAGAAUCUCUUAAAUCCGCAGAUAACAAAGUUUUGAGUGCCAAAAAUGGCGGUGGUAAGGGUGAAGAAGAAGCUAGGAGAGACAAUGCGUCUAGUGUUGAAAAUAAUGAUAGGGAUGCCAAAAUGCAAAAUGAAGCUCCAAGUCAGGGUGGCAGUGAUUUUGCUUCUCCCUCAGGGAGAAAGAGGGGGAGGAGGAAGAGUGCCGAGACUUCAGAGAAUAAAGUUUUGAAUGCUAAGAAUGGUGGCGGUGAGGGUGAAGAAAAACAUAAGGGGGACAAUUUGUCUAGAGUUGAGAAUGAUGAAAAGGAUGAGAAAUGGGAAACUGAAGCUCCAAGUCAGCAUGGUAGAUGGAGGAAGAGGGGGAGGAGGAAGAGUGCCGAGACUUCAGAGAACAAAGUUUUGAAUGCUAAGAAUGGAGGUGAAGGUGAAGAAAAAAAUGAGGAUGACAAUUUGUCUAGAGUUGAGAAUGAUGAAAGGGAUGCAAAAAGGAAAACAGAAGCUCCAAGUCAGCAUGGCAGUGAUUUUGCUUCUCCCUCAGGGACGAAGAGGGGGAAGAGAAAGAGUGCCGAGACUUUAGGAUCUCCUGAAUCCCCGGCGAACAGAGGUUCGAGAGCUAAAAAUGGCGGUGGUAAAGGUGACAAAGAAACUAAGAAGGACAAGGUGUCUAGAGUUGAAAAUGAUAAUAGGGACGCCAAAAUGCAAAAUGAAGCUCCAAGUCGGGGUGGCAGUGAUUUCCCUUCUCCCUCAGGAAGGAAGAGAGGAAGAAGAAAGAGUGUCGAGACUUUAGGAUCUCCUGAAUCUGCAGAGAACAAUGUUUGGAGUGCCAACAAUGGCAGUGGGGAGGGUGAAGAAGAAACUAAGAAGGACAAUGUGUCAAGUGUCAAGAAUGAUAGGGGUGCCAAAAGGGAAGUUGAAAUGGCCUCUGCAUCAAGGGAAAGGAAGAAAAGCAAAUACUUGUCCCCUCCCUUCACAACCCCAGAGUGGAAGGUGAAAAACUCAAAUGCGUCGAGGGACUCGGCAGAAUCUUUGAAAAUUACCAAGGCUGCUCGAAUUGGGGAGCGGAUGACUAGGGCUGCUGGACAACUUAUUGGAUCACCUCCCAUUGUGAAUCACAGCGAUGAAACAAUUCAGGAGAAAAACCCUAAAGAGCUUGAUAGCAGAGUUGAAGAUCAGAUGAAGAUUAUUGACUCCAUCAAAAUCAAUGUAUCUACGAAGGAAGUCACAUCAGAAAUAUGCUCUGCAGCUCGUAAUCCUUUGUAUUUGAGGGAUAAAAGUUCUGUUGAUAUGAUCUGUGAAUUCAUUUCUGCCUACAGAAGCGCUAUGUUUAUAAAUGGUUCCAACUACAAAAUGUACCACAAACAUCAGUCAAGUAGAAAGAGAAAGUCUUCAAGCUCUGAACCCCGGUUGAUGGAAGAAAAUCUAAACCAGACUGGCCAUGAAAUGCCUGAAUCUAGAUCUCAGCGGACAAGGAAUGAAAAGAAUGAAGACGAUAAAGCUUCAACACCCAUAACCCUUAUGGUUACAUUUCCCCCCGGUUUCCCUUUGCCGUCGAAAAAUGACCUUGUAACAGUAUUCAGCAAGUUUGGGCCUCUGAAUGAAACUGAAACAGAUGUUUUGUAUAAUUCAUACUGUGCUCGGGUUGUUUUUGUGAGGAACUCUGAUGCAGAAGAAGCCUUCAAGAAAUGUAUCAAGGACAGUCCCUUGGGACCUGCCUGUGUGAAUUACCGGCUCCGAUAUCCAUCAGCUGCUCCAAGGGAGCAUGCGGAUAACCGUGCAGCUGCUCCGAGGGCGCAUGCAGACAACCGUGCAGCUUCCUCUGCUUCUAGGGAGGGGGGCAAAACCCCAGUGGAUCCAUCUCUGCAAUAUGCGGUUGAUGAAGCAUCCCGGCUUCUCUUCAUAAAGAAAAAACUUGAGAUUAUGACAUCAUUGCUGGAGAAGUCUGAUGGGAAUAUGUUACCGGAGACGAAGUCGGACUUGGAGGGUGAGAUGAAAGGGCUCUUGGAGGAGGUGAGUACAAUGGCCAAGUCAUCUACCUCAUCUUAGAGGGACUGAUGUGAAAAAAUAUGGAGUUUUUUAAGUGUUAAAUGUGGUGCCAUUUCUUUUUGUUUCAUGUAAUAGUUUUAGUUUCUUUUUUGAGUAUUUUGCUUAGGAAUAUAGAGAUGUUCAGGUUGCUUUUUUGGAAUUAAGAUGGAUGUAUGAAGGUAUUAGGAGUUGUUUAAAACCCAUAGGAGAUAUAUUUAGUAUAAGUUGGUUGUUUUUCUGGUUGCUGUAUAACAAACUGCUUUUACUUGCCCAUUAUAGUAAACAUUGUCAUUUGGACCCUCUGGUCUCUCUCAAUCAAUGCUUAGUAGUAGUUAUUA